GUUUCACUUUAAGUGCGUUUAUUUUGUAAUCUUUUGAAAUGACAUUCCUGGCGCCGUACACGAAAACUCUCACCGCAGACCCUCCAACAACACCUUAAACAUUUUGUCUAUCUUGUCUAUCACUCACCUAACGAUUGUCCAUUUGUAAUGCUUUAAUCGCAUAAAAAACAAAUAAACGAAAAAUGCAAUAAUUUUCAUUCACUUUCGACGCUCCACCACACCGCAAACACUUAACUAACUCCCCCGCGCCCACAAAACAACGCACAAAUUGUUCUGAAAUAAAAGCGUCUACGCUAAUAAAAGCUAUUUUGGCAUUCCCUGCAGCCAGCGCGAUGCUCCCACGCGCACACCUUAAAUUAUCCGCUGCCUUCAGCUCCGCCUUCACCCACAAUUCGGGCGCAUCAACGCGUGUCUCUCUAAAAUCGUAACGAAAAUGAAAAGGAGUGAAAUGGCAUUCAACACAAUGGACGCUGUGCGCGAUCUGCUAUGAACGAAUUGUGGAUCCGCUGCGGCCUGUCACCAUGCUCGCGCCGCCCAUUCACCACAGUCUCAUUUUGUGCGCCCAUUGACGAGCAACGGGAUUCGACGUACGCGUACGCGUCCAAGCAAUUACUACGUAGCGAGUAGUUUUGCGCUUCGUGUAAAUAUAAAGUUUAUUAAAUUUUCAAAAUAAAUUUCAAAAAAAAAACUGAUUUAAAUAAAGUGGUUUUCAAUUUUAAAAGUGGUGAACUAAGAUAUGUAAUAAAUAAAAAAAUAAAGUAGUAAAGCAAAGCGCCACAUAUUUGCGGUUAUGUGACUCAUACUAAAUGCCAACGCGUGUCUCUCGCUCUCUUGAAUCGCGCAGUGUGUUGUUCCAGUAUUCGCGUUCCAACAUUGACAUAGAACUUUUUGUCUAAACUUUUCUACGCCAAAGCGCAUAGAAUUUCUCACAGUGUAUGUGCUAUGCUAUGAGUAUGCAAAUCUUGCGCAUUUUUCCUGUUUAUAUUUGCAACGAAUUUUUGUUGUUACACGUGUAGCGCACGAUCGUGUUGCUGCAGUAGCAUCACCUUCAAUUAACCUCCCGAUUUUCAUUUGGAUUUUUGGCGCUUCACUGCUCGUCGUCGUCGCCUGCUGCUAUCUGAAUUACUGUUUGGAUUUCUGUUUUUGUUUUUCAAUUCGAUAUUGAAAAUCCACUUUAUUUGACUUUUUCGCAUUCUUUACUUCUCGCACCACGCUUAUUCGCCACACACGUUCUCAGUGUGGUGAAUAUCGUUUAUGACCGCAUAAUAUUGGCAUAAUGCAAAUUUCGGAAAAUUUGCUGAGAGUAAUUUUCAUGCUGUCAACAAUCGUCGCAGUUACGGAUUGUUGUUCGAGCCGAUUAUUACUGCUCAAGGAACACACACUGCAAAUCGUACAACAACAGCGUUUGCACCAUUCGCAAAGCGAUGAUUACGAUUACGAACACGAUGAUAACGAGCAGUUGCAACAGCAACAACACCAACAACAGCAGCAGCAACAACAAAAAAUACCACAUUAUGUGGAAUUAGUAAAAAGCGAUAUUGACUUUAUAAAAAACUAUACAGCUGAGCACACGCGCUCCAGGAAUGAGAAUGAACAUGAGGAGAAUAGCACCGAAACGGAAAUAUUCGGUGCUGCAAUGCAGUUGGGGAACUUCGGUAGUGACUCAUUUGAGAGUUUGCUUGGUAUAUUUGAUGCAGCAGCUUUCGACACAACAACAACGACAACUACUACGAAGAUGAGUACGACAAGCAUAAGCAGUACUACUAUGCGACACUCAACCACACCUCAAACAACGGCGGCGACUACAAUCGCUCAGCAAAGCACACGCGCUGAGAGUGAGAUCAGUACAACACAAAGGGCGCGAAUCUCUGCUGUUGUGGAUGAACCACAGAGUGUACAGUCGAGCUCCACAACGAUGCCGACACCUACCCCCACAAUCAUUACCAAUAGUGCUGGUGAUGGUAUGGAGAAUGUUAUGAACGACUUGAAGACUGUGCGCGAUCUCUUGUCACUUCCCUGCAGCGGUCAGUUCAAUACCGAAUUCUGUUUGAAUCGUGGUCGCUGCUUUCGUUAUCCCAUCGGCAAUGAUACGAUACAUUCGUGUAUUUGCGCUGAUGGUUACAUCGGUGAGCGUUGCGAAUCGAAGAGUAUGAAUGGAUCCUUCAUCCCCUCAAUUGCAGGCGCUGGCAAAAAGCAAAAAAUACUUAUGGCGCGCAUUGUCUUUUCCUUCCCCAUGCUGAUUGCGCUCUCUGUCAUAUAUAUAAUGGUUGGUGCGGCGAUUGUUUUCAAGCGUCCUGUACCGCCACCUCACACAAUCAAAGAACGCAUCGAGCUUUUGCCUGAUGACGACGCUGGUGAACUUAUUCUGAUGAAUUCUUAUCCAGUCGUCGACCAAGCAGUCACUUACGCAACCUAUAUGGACUAGUGCAAAAUUAAUUGCAGACAAAUUUCAAAUUCAAAAUUUUUCUCUCGAAAAAAAGUACUUAAAUUAUUUGUAAAUAUUAUGCUUAGAACUUUUUAAAUACAACGCUGUAGUUUUGUUAAAGCUUAAAAUGAACGGUUGUAUAUUGCCUAGCGCUUUUUCAAUUUACGCACACAUACUUAGUUAAAUGUUAAGUAAACAAAAUAAUAUAUUUUAGCUUUAUUAGUUUAGUAAUUUAAUUUAUGUACGCUUCAACUUUCCGCUCGUGUGAAAGUUAUUGUUUUUGCUUUUCUCUUUUUUCCAAUUCUUGGUGAGCUUUAAAGCUUACCACACAUAUACUAGUAUGUUAGUGCUUUUUAUUAGCUUUAAUUUGUUAUAGUUUCGGGGAGAGCGCGCAUUCCCGUUUAAGUUUUGUUUUUGCCAAAUUUGGUUGAAAAACUGUUAUGCAUAUAUAUUUUUUAUAUUCUAAGCAUACUUCGCUGAAGCUUCAGCAGAAAUUCGUAGUAUUUUCAUAAAAAUAUUAAAUAUCCUUAUACA